AAGAGAUGUCAAGAGAAAUAUUUUGCCACACACUUGACACACAGGUCAAAGCGAAAUAGUUGCUAUUUUGCAAUCACAUAAAUAAUGGUUUCGAUUUUUACUGUCAUAAUAUUUUUCUUCGUCUCUUCGUCGUGUGCAAAGUCUUUGUUGCAUAAACAGUUUCCUGUUGCAGAAUGGCCCACGCUGGACGGCCUACCUCCGCUGCUCUUUGGUCAUGGGGGAGAAAAAUUUUAUCUUCCAGAACACACUACAGGCUCUUACAAACUUGCAGCUAUUGAAGGGGCCGACUACGUUGAGCCAGAUAUUGUCUUAACAAAAGACCGCAUCCCUGUCUGCUUCCAUGACCUCGCUCUAAAACGGUCCACUGACGUUGAAGAACAUCCAGAAUUUGCUGGUUUGAGGGGAAAUCACAGUGUUAUAAUUGAUGGAAAGGAUCAAACCAUCAUCGACGACUGGUUGGCGAUUCACUUUACUUUGGAAGAACUCAAAACUCUUCGCGUUCAACAGCAGCCGAAUGGCGUCAGGCUUCAAGAUUUUAAUGAGUUGUACGAAAUAAGCACCUUCCAAGAAUUUCUUGACUCAAUUCAUGAAAUUUCUUGGAAAGUUGGGAAGCCGAUUGGAAUAAUUCCCGAAAUGAAACAUCCUCAAUUUCAUAACACAGUUUUUAACCACAUCGAUCACUUUAUGGAGACGUUGGUUUUGGAUAUUUUACGUUCCAACGGUUACCCUCUUAAUCCUGGCGACACCGCUAAUUGUUCCUAUAAUGGAGUUGAAAUGAUUUCAUGCGGCCCCAUAAUUCUGCAAAACUUUGACAAGAACGCUGUAAGAUACUUGUCAACGGUUACUACCUCUCCUACUGUGGAACUUAUGACGUUGAUCCAUCCCGACGUUUAUCUGUUGACUCCCAGAGGAUUUGAGGAAAUUGCAAAUUUUAGCGACUAUAUUUGCCUAUGGAAAGAGUACAUGUACACCGGUGUGGAUGCAGAGAUUAUUUUUAAAGAGUGGGAGUAUGACCCAGACCUCGUUGAUUCACUUGGUGGAUUCUACAACCCGGAUGAAUUCGUGCCAGCAGCGCAUCGUCACGGUGUCAAAAUGACCCUGUUCACCAUUCCGGACUCGAGGGAGAGUUCAGGACGCGGUUGUGCGCUGGAAUGUGACCCAACAAACAAAGAAGAAGAAAUGUUCUAUUACUUCAAUUUGGGGGUGGACGGUAUGUUUGUUGAGAAUAUACCCGAGUCGUCAAAUUUGCGAAUGAAGUAUGACUAUGAACUUAAACUAGCAAAUAUGACGGGAUUUUAGCUUAGCAAUAAUUAUUCUAGAUUCAACUUUUAUUAAUUUAAACUAUUAAUUGAAGGUAAAUGGAAAGUACAUAAUAUUUUACCUUUGGUAAUAAAUGGAGAAAACAUUACUGGUAAAAACUAUAAAAAUUA